CUUAUUCGAGAAAGAUUGUUGGCAGCCCAGAGCCGACAGAAAUCUUAUGCCGAUAAGCGACGUCGACCGUUAGAGUUUCAGAUUGGCGAUUGGGUGUUCCUGAAAGUGUCACCGAUGAAAGGUGUUAUGCGAUUUGGCAAGAAAGGAAAGCUCAGUCCGAGAUAUAUUGGGCCUUAUCUGAUUAUUCGCAAAAUAGGCAAGGUGGCCUACGAAUUGGAUUUGCCAGCUGACUUGGGAGCGGUUCACCCGGUAUUCCAUGUUUCCAUGCUUCGUAAGUGUAUUGGUGACCCUUCCAGAAUUUUUCCUUCAGAUGAGAUACAGGUCACAGAGGAGCUAUCUUACGAGGAGCAGCCUAUAGUCAUAUUGGAUCGUCAGGUGAGAAAGUUGCGGAAUAAAGAUGUGGCUUCGGUUAAAGUGCUGUGGCGGAAUAAUAACCGCGAAGAAAUGACCUGGGAGGCUGAGGAGCAGAUGAAGGAAAAGUAUCCUCACUUAUUCCCAGUACCUUCAGGUACAGACGCACAGCUUGGUGAUCCACCUGUUUAGGACACCCCCUUCUGCUAUUCGGAGUGCUCCUCUCAUCCCGGAGCUUAUAUUUUUGGUAUAUAUACUUGUUAGUACAUUUAUACAUAUUCGUUCAUGGGUACGGCGGGGCCCUGUCCUGUCAUAUGAUUCUGUCGGUCUGUUUAGAGGUCUGUGGACAUGUUUGUGGGUUAGGGUCUUUCUGUAUGAAUGUAUGUACAUGUCGUUUGGGCGAUCCCAUACGCCGAGGCGGCCGGUCCGCAUAUGUUGUUUGGGCGACCCUAUACGCCGAGGCGGCCGGUCCGCAUAUGUUUAUAUAUUGCUUGGUUAGCCCUGUGUG